AUGACUCCACUUUACAAGAGAGCUGUCGACUUGUCUCUGCCGCCUGGCGCGGAACCUCCUCUUACAAAUGCUUCCGCUGAAUAUCUCCCACACCCUCCCCAGAGCGAGAACCGCAUGCGCUGGACGAAACAUGCUGAGAAGCACCCUGUAUCCAGUUUCAUUCCGCUCCCUACAUCUGCGCCCUCUCCGAUUCCUCGCAUUCAGCACGAUUUCCCGAGCGAGUCAUGGUUGGGUCGGAGAAAGAGGGUCAAUAGACAGAAAGUUGUUAAGGAAGCCUUUGAACAUGCCUGGAAAGGAUACAAGACGCAUGCCUGGCUGCGUGAUGAGCUGUCACCCCUAAGUGCUCGCCAUCGGAAUACAUUUGCCGGUUGGGCUGCUACUCUGGUCGACGCCCUUGACUCGCUGGUUAUCAUGGGUAUGGAAGAUGAGUUCCAAGACGCGCUGCAUGCGCUGGAGAAGAUCGAUUUUACAAUGACCGACGCUACUCAGAUCAAUGUAUUUGAAACCAUAAUCCGAUACGUAGGGGGACUGCUCGGCGCCUACGACUUAACCGACGGACGAUAUCCGAUUCUCUUGAAGAAGGCAGUAGAACUAGCUGACAUGAUCUACGCUGCGUUUGACACGAAGAAUAGAAUGCCACAGUCCCGCUGGCAAUGGACCAGGUCGGCACAAGGCUUAGCCAUUCAACCUAGCCGAAAUACCAUUCUUGCGGAACUGGGAUCUCUGAACCUGGAGUUCACCAGAUUAUCCCAGCUGACAAAGGACCCUAAGUACUACGAUGCUGUUCAGCGGAUAAUGAACCUUCUCGAGGACGCCCAGAAUCGCACUAAGAUCCCAGGCUUAUGGCCGAUGAUGGUCAAUGCGAUUGAUUUAGAAUUCACCGACCCUCGAUUUACCAUUGGUGGAAUGGCCGACUCGACAUACGAAUAUCUUCCUAAAGAACACAUGUUACUGGGCGCUCAGACAAACCAAUUUCAAAAGAUGUAUGCCGCCUCCAUGGACUCGAUCAAGAAGUACCUGCUCUUUCGUCCAAUGACAAAGGACGGCCAAGAUAUCCUAUUCGCUGGGAAUGUUCACACAAGUGUUUCAACCAAGAUCCAUCCGGAGCCUCAAUGGGAGCACCUGAAAUGUUUCUUCGGAGGCACUGUGGGGAUUGGUGCCAAGGUCUUUGACCGUCCAGAAGAGCUGUCGAUUGCACGAAAGCUGACAGAUGGUUGCAUUUGGGCAUAUGAUGUCAUGCCUACCGGUAUCAUGCCGGAAACUUUGCAGGUUAGCCCAUGUCAAAGCAUGGAAUCCUGUGAAUGGGAUGAGCAGCAGUGGUAUCAGGAUGUGAGGCGGCGUCUGGCCCGAGGUUCAAAGGCGGACGAUACUGUGAAGGAGGCCAAAGCAAUCAUCAAGGAGAAGGGACUUCAGCCAGGCGUGACAGAAGUCUCGGAUGGCCGAUAUUUGUUACGGCCUGAGGCUAUCGAGUCCGUGUUCAUCAUGUACCGAAUCACUGGCGACAAAAAACUUCAGGACGAUGCGUGGAGGAUGUUUCAAAACAUUGAGAAGAUGACCCGGACCAAGUAUGCCCAUGCAGCAAUCGAUGACGUGCGGAACGCGCAUUCCGCCCAAUUGGACUAUAUGGAAAGUUUCUGGCUGGCAGAGACUUUGAAGUAUUUCUAUCUGAUAUUCUCCGAGCCAGAUCUUGUCAGCCUCGAUGAAUACGUGCUGAAUACGGAAGCCCAUCCAUUCAAGCGUCCAUCAACUCGUACGUAG